AUGGAAAGUAACAUAAAGAUUUUGUUGACAAUAUUGGUGUUUGUGAUGAAUACAGAUUAUACUUUCUCGGCCAAGUGUUAUGAGUGUGCAAUGUGUCCAUUUCCAUUCAAUCGCUCUUCUAGUGAAGUUGGCAUAAGAAGUGGCUGUAAAUGGUGUGUGUCAUUUUCAAUUGGCAGUCCAUAUUUCACAACUAAACACUGUGCAGAUUGGUGUGAAUCAAAAGAAUCUUUUAAGGACUUUAGUAAAUACAAUUAUACAUGUUGUAAUACAAAUCUUUGUAAUGUCAGUUCAAAAAUCUGUACAACUUAUAAAAUACUGUUUUUACCUCUACUGAUAAUUUAUUUUUAUUUUAAUGUUGAGAAAUAA